AUGGCUCUGAACGUUCACAACAAGCUCGGUUUCAUUGAUGGUACGGUUCCUCGACCUUCUCUUGAUCAUCCUGAUGCUGGUUCAUGGUCGUGUUGCAACGAUAUGGUCAUUACUUGGUUUAUGAAUUCGGUGUCGAAGAAAAUUGGCCAGAGUUUAUUGUAUAUUUCGACUGCUGAGGCUUUAUGGAAGAAUUUAGUCUCGCGUUUCAAACAGGAUGAUGCACCGAGGAUCUUUGAAAUCGAACGGAAAUUAGGUUCUCUUCAGCAAGGUCAUGUUGAUGUGAUUACACUGAAUUAG